CAGAUUUGUCUCAAGGAAAUGAUAUUGCUGGUAUACUACAUCACAAUACUAAUUUUGAAUAUUAUAGUUAUAAAGUUUUUAAAAAUGAACUAACAAAUAUUUCAUUUGAUAUAUAUUCUAAUGAUCGGUAUCAUCAAAUAACUAAUCAAGAAUUUGAAAUUAUAAGUAAACAACAAACAAAUUUAGCAAGAUUACAAACCU